AGCGUGCCAUGGACCCCAAGGCUGGCGGCGGCGAGGAGGAUGACUGUGUGGACUCGGGCGCCGAAACCGGAGGGUCUGACUACAGCCACAUGUCCUCCACCAGCAGUGAGCUUUCUGUGGAGGAGGCCCAGGACCCUUUCCUGGUUAGCAUCCACAUAAUCGCAGACCCAGGAGAAUCCCAGCCUCUGCAGGAGGCCAUCGACAAGGUCUUGGCUUGGAUCCACCCAGGCCUCCAGCUGUUCCGGGUCUCCGAAAGGAGGGCUUCCCGGCGGCGGAGGAAGGCCCCGAAGGCGGCGCAGCCCGCGCUGGCGGUGGUUCUCUUCCUGCAGGAGGACUACGGCGACGAGCAGAUCCUGCAGCUGCACCGCGCGCUGCAGCGGCCGCCCUGGCGCCACCACCACACGGAGCGCGUGCCCGGCAGGCUCCUGCCCUACCUGCCGUGCAGCCAGGACUUCUUCACGCUGGCCCCCGGGACGCCGCUGUGGGCCAUUCGGCCGGUGCACUACGGCCGCGAGAUCGUGCGCUUCACCCUCUACUGCCGCCACGACAACUACGCCGACAUCCUCCGGUUCUACGAGCUGAUCCUCAGGCGGAGCCCCAGCCAAAGGAAGGCGGACUUCUGCAUCUUCCCCAUUUUCUCCAACCUGGACGUGGACAUCCAGUUCUCCCUCAAGAGGCUGCCCUGUGACCAGACCCCGGUCCCCGCCGACUCGUCGGUGCUGGAGUUCCGAGUCAAGGACAUCGGCGCGCUCGUGCCGCUCCUGCCCCACCCCUGCAGCCCCAUCAGUGAGGGGCGCUGGCAGACGGAGGACCACGACGGGAACAAGAUCCUCCUGCAGGCACAAAGGGUGAGCAGGAAGUUUCCUAAACCCAGCAGAGCUGAGCACUCCUCGGAGCAGAAACCUCAUUCUACGCCUUCCCCGAGCUGUACCACACCGAGCUGUACACCUGGCAGCGGCCAGCAGCACCUGCUGGACAGUCCACACCUGGGGCCCAGCCAGAUGGCCCUGCCUGCUGGGCAUCAGCAGGAAUUUGCCAGACGAGUCAGCAGCGCCCCCAGCCUUCCCUGGUCUUUCCAGAGAAGCAAGUCCUUGUUUUGCUUGCCCACAGAAGACCCUUCCCCAGCCUCCUCAGCUGUACCACAGUGUUUUCCAAACACAGGUGCCCCAGAGCACUGGGCAUCAGAGUGGAGACAUGGCCACCUCCUCUCCAUUGAUGACUUAGAGGGGUCCCAGGAGACAGAUGUGGACACAGGCCUGCGGCUGUCCUCCUCUGACCUGUCUGUGGUCUCCGCGUAUUCUGCACCCAGUAGAUUCUUUAGCACCUUGGAAACACCUUUCCCCUCCGAAAGAUGUGGCAGCCACUGCUCCAAGCACAAAGGUUCUAGAGAAGGACAGCUACCCACUGGGAGCGGGGCAACCAUGGGGACCUCCUGGGCUUCCCUCCCUCUCUUCACCAAAGGGCCUUCCAAUUCCUUGGUGACAGCAGUUGCUGCUCCCCCAGCUUCUAGUGCCGCCUCCCUCACAGAGUCAUCCUUCAAGCUCCCUGGUGAUGCUCCCAACACAGAGCAGACUGGCAGAGAUACCGCACCACCCCCAGCAUUGGCUGGACCCGGGGACAGUGACACAGAGGAAUUCUAUAUCUGAACACCCUUUUCUCUGUUUUUUUAGACACACAGGUUCAGCCUCCUUAGGUCUGUCUGAAACCUAAUUAUCUGUUUCACAGGUUCGUUGGCACGUUUGCCAUGCCACCCAUUCUAGGGACUAGGUGGGAAAAUACUGGCAUUUUUAUGCAAAUAAAUUCUCAACAAACAAGUCAUAAAAUAUAUUUUUUGAAUACUCAAUCCCAUUUGAGAUAUGGUUUAGUAUGUUUACAAAAUUUAAAUGCUUCAUACAAUUAUUUGAAAUGAAAAAGGAAGCUUAGUCAGCCAGAGCUGAUUUGGCCACUUUUCAUGCUGUAAAGGAAGAACAUUUAAAGCCAAAAUGUUGACUGCGGGAAAGAUACUAUGUGACUUGUAUGAGAAAUUAGUGCUCAAUAACAUAAUGUACAAUCCUGGUUUUUGCAGAUUUAUAUUACCAGGGAACAGUGAUCCCAAGAAAGUCCAAGUACUACAUACAGUGGAAAAAGUCAGCUUGAUAUGUUAAUAAAUCAGGCUACAGUCAUACCACACUUUGAUGCCUAGCAACAUCUGAAAAUCUGGAUUUACACUAAAGUGGCUAAUAUGCUUUAUAAGGAUUUAGCAUGAGUAGCAGACUCUUGGUGCAUUUAAAAUAUUAUUUCAGCUCCAAAAACUAGAUUUGUAUUCACCUUUCAACAACACAUUCACUGAAACAAGUGAGGGAUACAGAGGACUACUCCCACCUGUAUUUAUUUGGAUCACUGAGGAGGAAUCAUUCACUGGAGUUACAGAAUAAUAGGAUUUAGACAUAGUGGGUAGGUAGUCUUAGGAUUCUUCAAUUUUAAAAACCAUGACCUGAGGGCUGUGUAUAUAUAUAAAUGACAGGAGCCACAUUUUAUACUGCUUUCUCCAGCAAAUAUGCAUUGUCAGCUUGUCUUUUUCAUUUUUAAGUAAUUUGUAACGUUUUAACUAGCAUCUCCGUUGCACACUGGGAAGCUUUACACUAAAUGCUCCCCUAAACAAACACUGUUGCCUUGCAUGAGUGCACAGGCGCCUUAAUCGAAGCUGGAGCUUUCACCCUACCUUGGCCCUUCCUGCCUGUUACCUGCUUCAGUCAUAGUGUGAAUGGUAUUUAAAUCU